CAGGACUCUGGUGUCAAAGGAACUGAAGUCACUUUCGAGGAAUCGAUUUGUUUAUUGCCUUCAAUUGAUCCAAAUGUGAACAAUAAUCUAAACAUUUACCUCAAUUCAAACCAAACAAAUGCAACCUCAAAGCGCAGCUCAUGUCUGUCAUCAUGUGAGUCGACCACAACGACCAGCAAUAAUCCAAACGCCAAUCACUUUAAGCCUAAUAAUUGCCAAAACUUGCGACGACUGGAGAGCCCUCCGGAUGGGGGCUGGGGUUGGGUUGUGGUGUUCGCCUCAUUCAUGAUUAACUUGAUAUCGGACGGCGUUUCGCUCUCUUUCGGCAUUAUAUUCAUGGAAUUAGUCGAGUAUUUCGGCGAAAGUAAGUCAAAGACCUCAUGGGUUGGCUCACUCUUCCUCUCCAUACCACUGAUCACUGGCCCAAUCGCCAGCGCACUGACCGACCACUUCGGGUGCCGGCGAGUGGCCAUCUGUGGCUCAAUUAUGUCUGCCUUAGGCUUUAUUGCCGGACAGUUCGCUACCCGUUUGGAGCACCUGUUCAUAGCAUUUAGUUUUGCGGGGUUAGGACUGGCCUUAUGUUACGUGACGAGCAUAGUUAGCGUGGCCUACUAUUUCGAGCGCAGGAGAUCACUGGCCACCGGUCUAGCCGUUUGCGGGUCAGGGUUUGGCACCUUUCUGUUCGCACCGUUGACUAUAUUCCUACUGAAAGAGUACGGCUGGAGAGGGACUCUACUUAUAUUGGGCGCUAUAUUCUUAAACAUUGCAAACUUCGGGGCCUUAAUGCGAGACUUAGACCUCAAUCUCAACACCAGCGCCGACACCAACAACUCCACUGAUUCCGAGAGGGCUGACACCGCUUGUGAUAAUUACUCGAACGCACUGUUAGUUAAUAAUAAGUCUUUUAACAAGAAUUUCAGUGAAGACCAGACGAGAGAUGAGGAGGCGAUGGAAAUGAAUGGUAACGUCGAGAAGAGGUUGUGUUCUUCACUGAUACACAUUCCCACUUAUAUCCAACACAACGAUCCGUUGAACGGUGUUUCCCACGAAGUGAUCAGUGAGUUGAGCCUUAAGAAAGGCGGUUAUUUGCGGCGACUUCUGCAACGGCACCCAAAACUGGUCGCCUUUUUCAUGUCUCAAGAGUUGCAGAACUGCGACGAUUGGACCGCAAACGCCGCCAAAAGUUUAGUCACAAAUCAAUAUUCAUUGAGUCCGACGAUGUCAGCGACGGUCACGAAGAGUCUCAGAUUUGACAGCAAUUUGUUGACAAACAAUAAUUCGUCAAAAAUGCUAAAUUCAAACAAAAAUCUCAAUAAAAGGGAACAGAGUUUGGAAGCAAACCCGUCAAUACUUAAAGCGACUAACUUUGCACCGGAAUUGUCGCCCCUUUCGUCGAAUCUGUUACGCAAUCUACGGCUCCAGAGAGGAAGUCUCACCUACAGGAGCGCUAUGCUUAACAUCAAGAAGUAUAGACUCCGGGCGUCCAGCGCUCCCGACAUAUACCGCAACUCAAUGGUCGCCAUUCAUGAGAAGAACGGAUUUCUCUAUGACUUAAAGGAUGUCUUCUUAGAUAUGAUAGACGUCUCGAACUUCAAGAGCUUUCGAUAUUCAUUGUUCUGCUUCUCAAACUUCAUGUUAUAUAUGUGUGUAGACGUGCCGUAUGUCUAUCUGCCCGAUCAGGCGACCAUCUCGGGAGCGGCCGACUCAGAGUCCGCCUCUUUUCUAAUCUCAAUCAUCGGAAUAUUCAACACUUUAGGAGUUGUUUUGGUCGGCUAUUUCGGUGACAAGCGUUAUGUCGACCCCUCUCUGAUGUACAGCUGUUUCAUAGCCGUCAGUGGCUUCUCUCUGUCGAUAAUGCCGUGGGUUCGCAACUUCUGGGGAAUGGCGUGUUUGGCAGCUCUCUAUGGUUUUACAAUUAGUGCCAAUUAUGCAUUGGUUUCAGUCAUUUUAGUGAAUCUCAUUUCAUUGGACUUAUUCACCAACGCUUACGGACUCCUCUUAUUAGUUCAGGGGUUCGGAUCUCUGGUGGGCCCUCCCAUCGCAGGCUGGUUGUUCGACACGUUUGGCAAUUAUAACUUAGCGUUUCAUUUGACUGGCAUUUGUAUCUUCAUUUCGGGCGCAUUAGUCGUACCGAUCGCUCGCUCAUCGAAAUGCCUGACCAUCGAAGACGACUCGACAGAAGUGACCGAAUCUAGUCGUCCUAAUAGUCCCAAAAUCGAUGACUCCAUUCACUCGAUUAGCGAAACCCAGGAAACCCUUCACUCAUUCGAUACGAAGACGUCGACAAAGACUUCAUUGGAUGUGAAGAAUCUGUCAUUAAUUCCAAUCAAUAAAAGCCUUCAAAUAGAGAACGGAUUUAAUAAGAAUGCAUUGAUUUCUAACUCUAAGUCAUUUGAAAACGUUAACAAAUCUCUAAUUAUAUAA